AUGGGCAGUUUCAAGAAAGAAAAAGCUCGCAAAGAGCGCGACGGCACGACCGGCGACGGCAUGGCCAACGUACGCAUGAAGGGCGAGAACUUCUACCGCGACGCCAAAAAGGUCAAAAAACUCAACAUCCUCAAAGAAGGCAAGGCGCAGCGGAAUGCCAGCGGCAAAAUCACCAAGGCCGCCUCAUACCAGUCGAGAGACAAACCCAAGGCCGUAAUCGAGCCCAACCGCAAGUGGUUCGGCAACACGCGGGUCAUCAGCCAGGAUGCGCUGAACGCAUUUCGGGGGGCCGUUGAGGCGCAGCAGGCGGAUCCGUAUUCGUACCUUUUGCGGCAGAAUAAGUUGCCUAUGAGUUUGAUUCGAGAUACGACGACGAAGAAUGGCGUUAAGCAGCAUGCGGCGAAGAUGACGGUGGAGACGUCGCCGUUCAGCGAUACAUUUGGCCCCAAGGCUCAGAGGAAGCGCGUCAAGCUCGGCGUGAGCUCGCUCCAAGACCUGGCUGGGGAGUCCGUCAAGAUGCACGACGAUUACCUAGACCGACUUGAGCAAGCGAAGCUCCUGAGCGGUAACUCCGGAGCCGGUGCGCAAGAAGACGACGGCACCAACGCGGACGGCACUCUUACCUCAGCCAUCGAGCCCGUCUUCAGCAAAGGCCAGUCGAAAAGAAUAUGGAACGAGCUCUACAAAGUCAUCGACAGCUCAGACGUCAUCCUCCACGUCCUCGAUGCGCGAGACCCCGAAGGCACGCGCUGCAGAUCUGUAGAGAAGUACAUUGCCACCGAAGCACCGCACAAGCACCUCGUUUUCAUUCUCAACAAAGUGGACCUCGUACCCUCAAAAGUCGCCGCCGCCUGGGUAAGAACAUUGUCAAAAGACCACCCCACCCUCGCCUUCCACGCGUCGAUCACAAACUCCUUCGGCAAAGGCUCCCUCAUCGCCCUCCUCCGCCAAUUCUCCUCGCUCCACUCAGAACGCAAACAAAUUUCCUGCGGGCUCAUCGGGUACCCCUCGGUCGGCAAAUCGUCCGUCAUAAACACGCUCCGCAAGAAAAAGGUCUGCACCGUCGCCCCGCAGCCCGGCGAGACGAAGGUCUGGCAGUACAUCACCCUUAUGAAACGCAUCUAUCUGAUCGACUGCCCCGGUAUCGUGCCGCCGCAGCAGAACGAUAGUCCGGAGGAGCUGCUGUUGAGAGGCACGGUCAGAGUGGAGAAGUUGGAGGAGCCGCAUCAGUAUAUUGAGGCGGUGCUCAGGAAGGUGAAGAGGCAGCAUGUGGAACGCACGUAUGAGAUCAAGGGGUGGGACACCACGCUGGAGUUUUUGGAGAUGCUGGCGAGGAAGGGGGGGAGGCUUUUGAAGGGCGGAGAGGCGGAUUUGGAUGGGGUGGCUAAGAUGGUGUUGAAUGAUUUCUGUAGGGGGCGCUUGCCGUGGUUUACGCCUCCAUCGGUGCAGGAGGGCCAGGAGGAGAGAUUCCAGAAGGGGGAGGGGAGACUGGGGGAGAUGAGCUUGAAGAGGGGGAGGGCGGAGGAGGAGGAGGAGGAGGAGGAGGAGGAUGAGGGCGAGAGCUUUGAGGGGUUUGGGGAUAAUGAUCAGCCGGUUGGUGCGGAGGCGGCGGACUCGGAGGGUGCUAGCAGUGAUGGCAUUUCCGACGAGUCGUCUGAGGCUGAGGUAGAGAUAGAGGCAGCUGAGGACGACCUCGACGCAGCUACCAUCGUUGCUGAGCAGGACGACACAGUCAAGCUGGCUGAUGAUAGUGGCAGUAUCGACGAAGCACCACCGACUAGCAAGUCAAGGAAGCGGAGGUGCAAGCAGUAG